AUGUUUCUUUUUGAUGCCAUGCGGCAUGCGGAGUGCUCCAUUUGCCUCCAGACGCUCCUUCCCGGCACGGGCUCGUCGGCAUCGCCAUCAAAUGGCGUCUCACCGGAAAAGAAGUUGCCGAGUCCCCCACGUGUAUCACCGGCGCCACAACUCGGGGAGGUUUCUUCACGGGAGGAGGAAUUUCGUAUUACGUUUGCGCCAGGCGUAUCACGGCAAGACACCACAGACGAUUUCAUGACUUUUAUCAACGCACUCGACAUGUACCGCCGUGCCGCGAAGAAACAUGGCAGCCGUCAUCGCACCAGUCGUGAGGUAGGCUGCGGAGUUACACCAUGCGGGGCCGAUCAUGGAAUUGUUGUGUUGCCGUGUGGACACCUGCUUCAUUUCCUAUGUGCCAUUCAACUGCAUGAGUACAGCAACCAUCCCACGUGCCCUAUUUGCCGUGAGGCAAUAAAAAGCCCGGAGGACUGUGUACUUUUUCUCCCCCUCUCACGUCCAACAGUUUUUCAACGUGGAAUGGCGGUGGAUGGCGAGGUCAACGCGUGUGACAUUAGUAGGACCGAUGAAGAUGGAGGUGACAACGUGCAAUUUACAGGUGAGGGUUCUGUGGCGCCGGCCGAUGUUUACAGGCGUCAUAUUCAACAUGAACUAGACGAGUUGAAGCGGCGACGUCGAAAUUUACGGAGUCGUGAGCAUUUCCUUACGAACAGCAGGGAUCAAUUAGAAGAGCAGUGCAUUUCGCUGGAACAGUCAGCGAGUGACGCCCGGCGUCGGUAUGACGUCUUGACGCGGCAGGGAACGGUGGGAUUGGACCGUCUUAAGGAACUUCGCGAUGUGGCACUCAAGACACAUACAUCGAUGGACCAACUAACAUUAGAGCUUGCCAGACUGCUGCGGCAACAACGCGAUCUUGAUCAGCAGCUGGAAAAAUACAGUCAGAGGCUGAAACGAGGGAGAUUGAGCGGCCGAGGAAUUCAUUCGGGUAGCGAAGGCGGAGGUAUUACGCGAGAUGAUGAUGAUGAUGAUGAUGAUUUACCAUUUUCUCUGCAAAAAAGACGACUAAAAGCCCCUAUGGCGGGGGUACCGUUCUCAUAUUAUGUCUCACGUGACAAGAAGUGA